UGACUUUUCACCCCUCCUACAGACUUAUGUACACGAUAUUUGGUUGCACAAAUAAAAUUCCUGUCUUCUCGAUCUUUCGGGUUUAGUUUCACAAAUAUCGCAUCCGGAUCGAUACCUGAAGUUUUUCUCUCCCUGACUUACAAAAUGAAUCCUUGGAUUGAUCGAUUGGACUUGGAUUCACGGUCCUUGGUUGACCAGUAUCUUGGAACUGGGUGGGACGCGGACGAGUUUGUCGUCCCCACGUCCCGAUUCUACUCCAGGUAUCGCCACCCACGCGUCCUCAGGCCAAGCUCCUGGGUCCCUGACGGAAGGGAUGGGACGGGCGCGGAGAGAAAUGCGUCGAAAGAUAUCUUCUCUGUCAAGUUGGAUGUGCACCAAUUUCGAGAGAACGAACUCACCGUGAAGACGAAAGAUAACAAUUUGAUUAUUUCGGCGUCUCAUGAAGAGCGUGAGGAUCCCCAAGGAUUCAUUUCUCGCCAGUUUACUCGUCGUUACGUCAUCCCGGACGAUGUCAAGUUGGAUCAACUAGUAUGCAACAUAUCUACUGACGGGAUCCUGACGAUUGAUGCUCCCAAGAAAUCUGGGCAGCCGGGUGGUGAGACAGUCAUCCCUAUCCGACCAACAGGUCGUCCUGCAGUGGUCACUUCGGCGCCAAGCACGGCUGCACCGACCACGCCAACGCCAAGUGCCCCGUCCGGCAAGGAGUCGAGGUCGCAAACUAUUCCCAUCGAGAGGGAAUCUGCUCCAGCUCCACCAUCGUCAUAAAUUUUAUGCCAUGCAAUUUUCUCCGAAGAUUUUGGAAAUCUUCAUGUAUUCGCUUGUACAAAUCAUGUAAUCAUUAAAUCGCUUAUCAAAAUUCGGACUAAUCAUGUCUAAUCGUUAAGUAAUCCUCAACCAAUUCUGAACCCAAUAAACACGUGCCUGCCUACACACUCGGCUACAAUUCAAA